AUGUCAGGUUUGGAAAAGGUUGGACUUCGAGCCUAUUCUUCUGUUCUUCCUCAAGGCUCUUUAGCUUACGUAAAUGGAAAGUUUGUAAAUGCUCGUUCUAACAAAACCUUCGAUGUUUAUAAUCCAUUCAAUGGAGAUUUGAUUGCUAAAACAGCUAACUGUGAUGUUGCUGAUGCCCAAGAUGCUGUAUCUGUCGCCCGUACUGCAUUCGAGAAAUGGUCACUUGAAACUACUCCCAAACAAAGAGGAAUUAUUCUGCAGAAAUGGUACAACAUAUUGAACCAACGUGAGGAAGAACUUGCUCAGUUACUCACUUCUGAGCAGGGAAAACCUAUCGCAGAAGCUAAGGGAGAAAUCCAGUACUCUGCUGGUUUCUUAGAUUGGUAUGCUGGUGAAGCUCGGCGAAUCUAUGGCCAAGUUGUCAGCCCUCCUGUCCUCAAUCGCGAGCACCUUCACAUCCGUGAGCCAAUUGGUGUUGUCGUCUUGAUCACUCCAUGGAAUUUCCCAACAGCUAUGAUUGCUCGUAAGGCUGGUGCAGCUCUUGCUGCUGGAUGCACCUUAGUCGUGAAGCCAGCUGAGGAUACCCCUUUGAGUGCUUUAGCUCUUGCUCAAACAGCUGAAGAAGCUGGACUACCAGCUGGGGUGUUCAACGUGAUUCCAGCCGAUAGGAAAAACACUGCAGCUAUCUCAAAGUUCCUCUGUGAGUCGACCGAUGUUGAUGCUAUCAGCUUCACUGGAAGUACCGCUGUUGGAAAGAUUUUAUUGAGUCAAUCAGCUUCUACUGUUAAAAGAGUAUGUCUUGAACUGGGUGGAAAUGCCCCACUGAUUGUUUUCGACACGGCUGAUUUGGAAACUGCCGUCAAGGGUACCAUGGCCACGAAGUUCAGAGCUUCCGGACAAACUUGUGUUUCAGCCAAUAGAAUCUAUGUUCACAAGAAGACAAUCAAACAAUAUGUUGAUAAGUUGGCUGAGGCAAUGAAAACUUUGAAAGUGGGCAAUGGUCUCGAGAAUGGUGUCAAUCAGGGCCCUCUUAUCAAUGAUAAGGCUGUAGAGAAAAUUCAAGGCCUUCUGGACGAUGCUGUCAGUAAAGGAGCUACUCUUGUUUUGGGAGGAAAACGCGGAAAAGGAUCUUGUUUCCAACCAACCUUAAUCACAGGUAUCACUGAUGAUAUGGAAAUCGCUCAUAACGAGAUCUUCGGCCCAAUUGCUGCCAUCAGAGAAUUCACCGAUGAGAAGGAAGUUUUGAAACACGCUAACAAGUCUAGAUCUGGCCUUGCUGGAUAUAUCUUCUCUAAGGACUCUUCUCAGAUUUAUCGUGUGACGAGACAGCUGCAAGUUGGAAUGAUCGGUGUUAAUGAAGGCUUAAUUUCUUGUGCCGAAGCAGCUUUCGGUGGCGUGAAGGAAAGUGGAUUGGGAAGAGAAGGAGCUGCCCAAGGAAUUGACGAGUUCACCCAAUGGAAGUACAUCUGUACACAACACUAA